UUUAUUGAUUUUAUUGAUAUGAUUCAGAUUCUUUAAUCCUGAAUAGUCUAAACACUUUCCCUUUUUUUUAGCUGGAUUUUGAUAGGAACGUAAAGAUUCUUGCAAUCCUUACCAAUACUGGGGCUGAACAGUGCUGUGACUCUCUAUAAAUUUGGCAUAGGUAUGAUCUCAUCAAGUGUAUCAAUGCUGGUCCAGCGCAUAAGGUGUGGAAGCUCAAAGUACGUGUCAUUAGACUUUGGACCGUUUCUCAAUUUGCAAGAUCUGGGAUGAAGGCACCUAUUGAGAUGGUUGUCCUUGAUGAAGAGGGAGAUACAAUUCAAUGCACUGUAAAAGACAUAUUUGUUCCUAUCUUCGAGGGCUUACUCGCUGAGGGCAACGUGUACGUGGUCACUAAUUUUGGAGUUGCUUUGAAUACCAUCAAGUUCAAGCCUACUAGACACGAAUUUAGGAUCCAUUUCAAGAGGGACACGAUUGUGCGUCCGGUACAAGAUUCUUCAGUUCCAUUGAACGGAUUUAAUUUUGUUCCGUUCAAAACAAUUCAAUCAGAGUCUAAAGAAGAUGGUUAUUUAGUUGAUGUGAUAGGUCAGCUUGCUUCUAAGGGUAACUUGGUCGAAUUCACACGGGAUGGGAAGCCGUCAAGUUAUAUCACCAUAGAACUUGAUGAUCUUGAGGGUGGACAGAAAUUAAGGGUAACGUUGUGGCAGUCUUUUGCUUUUGAAUUGCUCAAAUAUCUAGAGGAACACCCGUGUCUUACCUAUGUGGUUAUUCUCCAAAUGGGCAAGAUGAAAUUUUAUAGUGGGGUCAUGGGUGUAUCUAACACAAACUACAAUUCAAAACUGUUUAUCAAUGUUGAGUUUCCAGCUGCCAGGGAUUUCUUUGCGAGGGUGAACAAAUUGGAUCCUGUUGACGGACAAGGCAUAAUGCCGCUGGUCUGUGGUCAACCUGUUUCAGAUGAGGAGGAUUUUUUGCGUCUGUCAGUCUACAAAACAAUUGCAGAGAUAAAGGAGCAUAAUCAGGUAAAAUUCUUUCUUUAUUAG